UCGCUGAUUGGCGGAGGCGCCGGUCUCUCUUUCCCUUCUCGGCCCGCCCCCCACCCCUCUUGCCAGUUCAGGUCAGGAAGUGUGGCUGGAGGCGUCCAAAGCAGAGGGAGGCUGAGGCAGGAUGACGCGUGACGCGGGGGCUCCGGCGCGGACGGUGUUGCUGGAGAUGUAGAGAUGGAGCCUGAAGACCCCGGAGUCCCCGCUGAGGGCGGGAUGGAUGCUCCUGAGCAGGAAGCUGGACUGGACAGUACAGAAAUGGGAACAGAUGAGCCCAAUUCAGUCUUGGACGAGCAGAGAGAGUCUUCUCCCAUCCCCAAUAAUGGUCCUUUGGGUACGGAAGAUGGCAAAGCAGAUGUGCAGGAGGAACUGAGUGAAACUCAUGAGGAAAUAAGUGACAAGGACUUAUCUGAUUCAGCUUCCACAGACAACACCUUGGAGGAUUCCAGCGAAUUUAGCCGCCCUAUGGUGAUGGCCGAUGGAUCACCCGGACAAGAGCCAGUGGCCACUCAGCCCCGCCCAAUAACACACAGGGAUGAGGAUGUGAUGGCUGAGAGUUGGCGAGAACACAGGAAACACGUCUUUGUGUUGAGUGAAGCUGGGAAGCCCAUUUAUUCGCGUUAUGGCAACGAGGAAGCCCUCAGUUCCACUAUGGGGGUGAUGAUGGCACUGGUGUCGUUCAUUCAGAGUGGUGAUAACUCAAUCCGCUCCAUUUAUUCUGAUGACCGGAAGCUGGUUUUUGUACAACAGGGACCUCUGGUGCUGGUGUCAGUGUCGCAGACCUUGCAGACAGAGCAGCAGCUACGCCAGGAGCUUUUAUAUGUCUACCACCAAAUUAUCAGCAUGUUGACCCAAGCCAGCAUUACCCGCAUCUUUGAGCGGAAAAAGAACUAUGACCUCCGGCGCCUUCUGACUGGCUCAGAGAAGAUCCUCGACCGCCUGCUGAAUCUAGUGGAGUCGGACCCCUGCUUUCUGCUCAGUGCCGUACGCUGCCUGCCUCUCCCAGCCUCCCUACGUGAUUCUCUGGGUUCUUUGCUCCAGAAGGCCAUCACACCCAAUCUGGUCUUCUCUAUUUUGGUGGCCCAGAGUCAGCUGGUCACCACGGUACAAGAGAAGGCGGUCAUCGAAGACUGCCGGCUUGAACCCACAGACUUGCACCUCCUGCUUAACCUCAUCGGGGCGACCUCGGCCUUCCAAACUGGGGAGAUCUGGACCCCGAUUUGCCUGCCACGCUUCAACCCUGAUUGUUACUUUUAUGCCUACAUUUCUUAUUUGGAUGCAGACUGUACUGUCUGCCUCAUCCUCCUCUCCACAGACAAGGAGUCUUUCUAUUCUGUCUCGGACUGCAAGAAACGCAUUGAGGAAGGCAUGAGGACUCAGAACUAUCUGCAGGCGCUCUCCAGCGGCCUGAAAAACCCCUCCUAUAGUGUAGGACUGGUGGGGGUGCCAGACCUCCGGCACUUUAUGUACAAACCCCUGGAUAUACCUGAUAAUUAUCGGCAGCUCCCCCAGUUCACAAGCCCAGAACUGGAAGGGCCGUACUGCAGUGAGCACGAAAGGCACCGGCUCUUUGACCUCUAUCACUACCUACAUGGUCGUAUCCACAGUACCUCACGCCCGCUGCGUCUCAUCUACCACGUGGCAGAGAAGGAGACUCUGUUGGCUUGGGUGACUAGCAAAUUUGAAUUAUAUACUUGCUUCAGUCCCUUGGUGACCAAAGCUGGUGCCAUCAAUGUCCUGACAAAACUGCUGCGCUGGAUAAAGAAGGAAGAGGACCGUCUUUUUAUCCGUUACCCACCCAAGUACUCCACCACACCCAAUCCAGGCAAAGGAGGGAAAGGGGCCCGGACUGAUGGUGCUGAAAAUGGCUUCUUUGGAGGUCUCUAGGCCUAGGAGUGCAUUCUUCUUAAACAUCAACCGUGAACUGUGUCCAGUCUGCACCUUCUCACAGACACCUCUUGUUGGAAGGAUUUCUCUGUGAGCAGGAAGAGCUGGUUUUGCACUCUGCGAGCUGCGCAGGCUCUGUGUGGGUGUGAGAAGAACUACAGCAUAUUCAGGCCAAGCUUGUUUCUUUGGAGAUAAAAUCCCCAAAGUGUUGGGACUGCUAUUUUAAAUGUUAUUUUAUUCCACUUGUGGUCCUUGGUACCAUAUGGGUUGAAUGAAGACAGCUAAGGAGGAUGUGGAUCUUAGAUCUGUGGAAGUGGCAUAUAAAUGGAAGACCUGGAGCUUACAGGAAAUCUAGUUAAAUAUAUGGUUUACACUGACAUCUAUUCUGGAUAGAUUUGCUAGAGUGAAAACUGAAGAGGGCCACUAUCUUUAAUGGUUGCAAAGAAGAGGAAAUUUCAAUAGAUGUUGUUUGGUACCUGCUGAAAAUUUGUCUUUAUGCCACCAUUAAAUAUAUAGACAACCCCUAAUUACGGAGACUAGCAGUUUAGUACUGAUAUCUUUGGGGAACCACAUUACUUUUUCCUCUUCCCUCUUCCCCAUCAGCAGCCUUUGAUUACUUAGAUUAUUCCUUUCUUGCCACUGGAGAAUAUUGAGGAGCUGCACUCCUCUUGCAAUAUGAUAAAAAUUACAGAAAAAAACAUUAAUAAGUUUGGGUAAUAUAAUUCCAUUGGGAUACCAUGGCAAUAAGAAACAAAGAUAACAUUAAUACUGCCUGAAAAUAUUUGCCCAUAGGAAAACUUCUUGAUUGUCUGGAGUUGAUUUUCUUCUUGAAUGGCAGCCUAAUGCCAGUCUAGUAGGUGCUACAGGUUUAUCAGAAGCAGGUACUUUCAUACAGUGUAUAACCUGGAGGUGGGAUGGGGAAAGCAUAAAUGCUGCAUAUGGCUCCUGAAACCCCACCAGGCCUUAAAAAUUCAAUGUGAUUGUCACCUCAAACAUUGUAUUUAAAAUCCUACAAAACCACACAAAAAGUCAUUCCCAGAACUUAUACUGCCUGAAAUACAUCAGUUUCCCUACAAUGUGUUCUAGCAUCACUCCCACUUGGCAAAUUAAGGUGUUUUCGUAUGCUAGGAUGUCCAUAAACUGCUUGAGGAGAAGGGGUGGAAAAUUGACUCCCAGACUCCAUGCAGGUGCACAUCCCUGACCUAGAGAGAUGAAUGUUUACUGUAAAGGUAGCUGACUUGGGUCACUUUACUGCCAUCUUCAGAAAACUAGAAUUGAAGAGGUCAAGGUCCAAAGAAUCUUUCUUCUUGGCACUAACAGUAUUUUUUUUAAAAGAACCUAAGAUUUUUGAUCUCCUUCCAGUGAUAGACUCUAGCUCCCUUUUGAAGUGGUGAAGCUGCUUCAGCCCUUUCUCUGACACCAUGAGAAACUAUAUGUGUGUAUGAAGGGUAUUUUGCAAUCCUUCUGGAAUUUUGAUGGAUUUCUAUAUUAGAUGGCUCAGUUUGUACUGUAUAAUAAUUAUGACAUUUUAAUGACCUUUUAAUGUCUUAAGUUGGAACCUAACUGGUUUUGAAAGCUGUUUCUCUAUCCUCUAUAACUUUCCUAUCUGUCUUGCCUCCCCCACCCAAGACAUCAUUCCUCUCGUUCCCAUUUUUAAAUGUUUGUCUUUCGCUGUGUGAAUUGACACACUACCCCUGUGAGUACUUCUGUCACUUUACCUGUGUUAAGGUGCAGUGUUCUUUUUCUUCCCUACUCAUCCUGUAUUCCUGUUUCUGAUUGUUUGUUGGUUGAUUUGUUUAGAAUUGGAGGUAGGGAAAGACAAACAUGGUGAAUUUCCUGUAGGGCUUGGUACUGACGAAUAAUUGUCUUCCUAUACCUCCUGUCAACUCCAGAUUUUUUUUCUGGGUGUACCAACUGCUGGAAUAGCUGUUCUUCUCAGAAGGAGACUUGAAGGUCUAAUUUGCAAGCAAUUGACAGUUUCAUCUUUCCCCUUCCUGAGCAAGCGCUGCCUUGCUGUGCAAAUAUGUGCCCUGUAUAAACUUGCUGCUGCUCCACUGGGUCUGUUCUGUAUCCCGGCCAUCCCUAUUUUGCUAAAAAAUGCAUCAAAUUUUUGUCCAGAAGAUAGCAGGAGGGGAUAUUUGUUUUUUUCCUCCUGUGGGUAUACCUACCAACUUGUGAUUUUUUAUGGGAUGGGAGUAGUGUGUCAUGUGGUAUUAUGGGGGACUGCUGGAUUUAACCCAAGAAACUUGUAUAAAGGUGCUGAUGAAUGUUGCCAGCUAUGAUGUCAGCUGAGCACUGAACUUACCCUCAUUGCUUGUGCUGCAGUGACUGAAGCAAUUAUGCAGUUUGCAGGGUAUCUUUGUUGCUGUUGGAUCCCUCCUGAUGUUGUGCUUGCUUGCUCAGCUUGCUUCUGGCUGGCAUUUUCCCUGUGCCCUGAUAAAAAAGAAUAGUAAUGAUUCUAUGCAUCAUGUGGCUGGCUGACAAUGAGGGUUGAUAUAUCUGCCUGAACUGAUAUGCUGAGAACUGGAAGCAUCUUAUUAAAUACAAACACAACCCGUUUUAAAAUCA